CUCUCUAUUUGAAAAAAAAAAAAAAAAGUAAUCAAGAUGAGGAAAAAUAAGCAAGAUGAACUGUGGGACGAUUCUGCCCUGAUUAACGCCUUCAAUGAUGCCAUCUCCAAGUACAAGAAAAUGCAUAUUCAAGGAAGCCAAGUCAGCUCAGCUGAUGGUCAAGAACAUGCUGGAAGGGUUGAUGAGAUAAGUGAUGACAACAAGGUUCCAUCAAACAGCGCUGCUGAAACAGAAGAAAAUGGUAAUGUGCCAACUGUCAAAGAAUCAUCUUUUUUGGAAUCAGAAGCUCCUGAAGACCAUGUAGUUUCAUCUACUGGGCAAGACAUCCAUCAAGAGCCUGAGGGUUAUCUAAACUUGCAGACUACUGAACACUACAAUCAGUUGGUAAACAAAUAUUAUGAGCUUGAGGAUCAGAGGCAAAAGAUUCUGCAGCAACUUAACGAGUUUGGUUAUUGGAAUUAUGAUUCUGGUUUAACUGCUUCCGUGUCUCAAGAGCCUGAAACCUCUACUUCCCAAGCUUAUCCAACAGUUCCAAGUUCUUUCUGUCCUUAUGGGUGUCAAAGUUGGGUAGCUCCAUGCACUUCAGUACCUUGUUAUUUCUCUGGUGGAGCUUGUGCUGGAAACUCUUGCAAUGCUUCUGCAAAAGGUGCUACUACUAAAAACUUAACAUCUCCAGGAGAAACUGAUUUUGUUAAAACAGCAGUGUUUGCUGCAGAACAAGCACUGUCUUCCUUGAAGGAACAAGCUUGCACUAAUUGUGAUGCUUCUGUAAAUGAAGGGAAAGAGAAACAGUCACAGAAAAAUUUCUGUCAUUUAGAGAAAAGUACCAGUUCGGAAACAGAUCUUACUGUUGUUUUGAAUGCUUGGUAUUCUGCUGGUUUCUACACUGGCAAGUAAGUAUGGAAGAGUCUCCUGUUUCGAUACCUUAAAUUA